GGGGCCGCAGGGCCCAGGGCUGCCAACGUCAGCGCGCCCCCAGUGAGCGAGCUGCGACGCGAGGGGCGCGGCGCCGGCCGGACUCACGGACCACACGAGCGGCUGCGGCUCCUGGGCCCGGUGGUCAUGGGCGUCGGUCUGUUCGUGUUCAUCUGCGCCAACACGCUGCUUUAUGAGAACCGCGACUUGGAGACCCGACGGCUUCGCCAGGGGGUGCUGCGGGCUCAGGCGCUCCGCCCCCCCGAGGGGCCGGGCUGGGACUGCGCUCUCCUCCCCAGCCCCGGCCCCAGAACUCCCCGAGCCAUAGGCUGCGGGGAGCCAGAAAGUUGGGACCUGCCCCCGCAUCGGGGGACCUCACCCGUGCCGUCAGUGCGGAGUCUGCGUUCAGAGCCGGCUAAUCCUCGCUUGGGGUUACCUGCCCUGCUCAACAGUUACCCGCUGAAGGGUCCAGGGCUGCCUCCACCGUGGGGUCCACGCAGCCAGGCCGGCCACGUGAUUAUCACCGUGCAGCCCUCUGCUUCCUGCAUCGAACAUUCCAAGUCUCUGGACCUGGGCUUUGGGGAGCUCCUGCUGGGGGCCCCAGCAGCACGUGACUGUGCUCAUCGCAGCUGGCCAAGGCUGGACCGCCUUAGUGUGGGAGGCUACUCGAAGUUGGGAGGAGGCGGAGGGGACUUGGGUGCCCAGGUGUGAAAUGCAGGGGGCAGCCCCUGUAAGGCUGAAGCAUGGACCAUGACGACAGACCGAGCCCCUAUGCCUAGUAGAUGCUUCAUCACACCAGACUGGGCAUGGAUGCCCUGGUCCCAGCAGCCGUCAGGGCUUUAUGACUUGCAUGUAGGCACAGAGAUGCCAACUGCACAGGGUUCCAUAAGCUGGAGAGAAUAUGUCUUAGCGUGGAGUCUGGAGAGCAGCGUGGCUGGGCUCAGGUAUUCUUUCAGCCUCCAAAAGUGGCCUUAGCUCUGGACAGGUACUGAGGGGGCAGGAGGUCCAGGCCAGGUGAUGGGGAGAUGCACCUGGUAUGUUGGCAAACCCAGAGGGGUGGGCAAGGACUCCCUGCUUGGAAGGAAGGUUGGGCUGCGCAGGCUCUCCAGGGUGGCACUGGGAUGGGUUUGGGCCCCUGGUGGAGUGAAGAGCCUGCACUGCCAUCUGGGCUGGGUAGAGUUGAGACCCUCCACUGCCAUCUGGGCUGGGGACUGAGCCUUUAAUUCCCGCCACGCUGACCCCUCCCCCUCCAGCCAGCCAGCCACUGGGGCUAUACUACUGCCAACUCCUCCAGCCUGAGGGUCUGGCCCUCCCUGACGGGCCUGAGAGCCACCCCUCUCCUGUGUCCUGGCCUGGCUGCAGACUCCCUCCUGUGGGCAAACUGUUUGCUAAUUCUCAGAAACCCUUUUAUACAACUUUGAGGCUGCAUUUUAGCCACCUUGGGUAGUUGACUUUGGAAAAUGGCUUGAGUUUGGUCCCCCUAUCCAUGUUUAAUUUCCCCCAAUUUGCAGAUAGGUGACAACUUUCAAAGUGGAUCGAUCCUCCCACAGUCAGGUUUUUUUUUUUUUUUAGUUUAUUGAAAAAUGCAAUACAAGAAGCAAGACCAAACACAUAUCUAAACACUACAACCACUUUCCUUACUACUGCAGGCCAAACAGCAGACCUAAUUAUUGCCUAUUUAAUCUAAAGAUUUUUGCCACUUUGAUUCUGCUGCCAUUGUUCCUAUUUUGUCAAGAAAUGUAAACUACUUGAUAUGAUUCAUAAUUAAAAAAAAAUUUCAAAGCUCCUUCAUUUUUGUCACCAAAAUAAUACAUUUCAGAGAGAUUUGUAAAAACCAGGCUGGGGCUGAGCUCCUGGCAGGUGCUUCCUAGAGCUUCCCUAGGUGUGGGCCAGGCU